UUCUACACGUGCAAUUCACAAAUAUCGUAAACAAUUUUCAGAGAACGUUUAUAAUAUAAUUCUCUGCAAUUUUUAUAAUUCCUUAAGUUAAUUUUUCGGUAUUUAAAAACAAAACAAUUACAGAUUAUUGGAAAAUUAAAAAUGCCACCAGUCUUGAUAGGAAAGGAGCCACCAAAAUCAUGGAAAAAAAUUAAUGAGGAACGAAAAGCUCUAAAAAAGCAACGUAAACAGGAGAAACUGCUCAAAGAAUUGGAGAAAAAUUCACAGUCUGUCCUCGAGGAAGCUAAGGCUAAUGUGGAAGGUGCAGACAAUAUUAAAGCCGAUCCUUCAACAAUAAGCAUAGCGGUACCAGGCUCCAUAUUGGAGAAUGCACAAUCUGCCGAACUACGUUCCUAUGUUGCUGGUCAAAUCGCGCGCGCUGCUUGUAUUUUCCGUGUACAUGAAGUGAUAGUGUUCGAUGAUGUAGGUGUGGCAACGGCACGUGAAACGAAACGUAAUUAUAACUCUGAUGAUGAAGAAAAGGCAAACGGUGGCGACUCCCGGCCGCCAACAGUACGGAGUAGUUGCUUGCAAUUAGCGCGUAUCCUUCAGUACUUGGAAUGUCCUCAAUAUCUACGAAAGUUCUUUUUCCCUUUACAUAAAGAUUUAAAGUACUCGGGCUUGUUGAAUCCAUUAGACACGCCACAUCACUUGCGUCAACAGAACGUAUUUCUAUAUCGUGAAGGCAUAAUUUCAGACAAAAAGGCAAAAGAUGGACAUUCGUAUGUUAACGUGGGCUUAUUGAAUGACGUGUUAGUUAAUAAAGCCAUUGAACCGGGUGUCCGCGUCACAGUUAAGCUUGACAAUGUGAAAGAUAACAACAAGAAACUGCGGGGCAAAAUUGUCAGUCCAGAAGAACCCCGACGAGAAACAGGCAUUUAUUGGGGUUAUUCAGUACGGAUUGCUCAUUCUAUUGCUGAAAUUUUCACAAAGGGUCCUUAUGCUGGAGGAUAUGAUCUUACAAUAGGUACUUCCGAUCGUGGUACUAAUGUGCACGAGGUGCCAAACCGUUCGUACAAAUUCAACCAUCUACUUAUUGUAUUUGGCGGUUUAAAAGGUCUCGAAGAGGCCCUGGCAAAUGAUGAAAAACUGAAUGUAGAUGACCCUGCUCUACUCUUCGAUCAUUAUGUGAACGUGUUGCCACGUCAAGGGUCGCGUACAAUUCGCACAGAGGAGGCAUUGUUAAUUGCUUUGGCAGCACUACAGGAAAAAUUCGAACCCAGUGUACCGGAAGUGGAGGAAAAACUUGAUGAAUACCAACUGCCGCGCAGUGAUGAUACUGGCAUCCGUCCAGAUGUGAUUAAAAGUAAUAAGAAAAACAAGAAACGUAAAUUUGAUGAACAUGUGAACAACCAUGAGGAUAACCAAGAAGAACACCGAAAGAAUAUAAUGGAAACUAAAACGACAUUUGAAAAUUCAAUAGAUGAAAACCAGCAUGCGCCUUCAGAAGCUUCAAGGCAAUUUAAUAAUGCCUCGAGUACGAUUGAUGACGACUUCGAAGUAGUGCCAACGAACGAGAUCAAAUCAAUGGUACCAUCUAAAGACUUAGGGGAUCUAAGUCGUUUUGACUAAUUAAGUUUAAUUAUUAUUGUAGGAAACGAAAUAAUCAUAUUAAAAAUUGUUUAUAAACAUUUUAAACAAUA